AUGCCGCCUACUGCUCCCCGAAUUCCGGAUGAGAUAUGGGCACAACACCGAGAAGAGCUCAUCACUUUCUAUUUCGAGUCCGAUAAUACAUUGCAGGAAACAAUUUCUUACAUGAAGGAGAGAUAUGGCUUCGAAGCUACUAAAAACCAAUACACUGCAAAGCUGAAAUCAUGGGGCGUAACGAAAUACUUUCCCGGAAGCAUUUGGGGCAGUGUUGCCUCUGUCAAGCGAAAGCGAGAACAAGAAGGCAAAGAUAGCGAUUUUGCGUUCCACGACCGAAAGCUCACGCGACAAAAAGUCGACAAAGAAAUCGCACGACAUGUUUCUUCAAUCAAGUUAGGGCCCAGAUCUGAAAAUGCCGUGCUCCCAGAUUACAUCACUGUCUCUACGCCCCUAGCAGAGUCAUCUGGCAUAUCUCGCGAGGCCCUUCUUUGUGGCAUUCCUUGGUACCAAUACACGCAGGAUAUACACACUCUGGUCUCCGAAAGACUAAAAUGGAGCAUCGCCCACUCAAUCCCCAAUACCUCCAUUGAGAUAGCCAUAAAAGAGCUUUCUUCCGAAUCCCCUAAUCACAUGCUACGAUUUUGGGGCAAUGACUCCCCAAAUGACUGUGAACUUCCAACUUAUCUUCCACCUGAAGAAAUAAAGAGAAGAGGUUCAUCGACUGGAAAGCUAGGGACACUACGGAAAGAUUCUCCAGCUUCGGUUCUCACAGGCUUCCUACAACGAAUUUUCUUUUUGUCAACCAACAACUUGAUACAUCAAUUUCAAUUUAACAAAGUUUGUGACCAGAUUGUGAGCAAUUUUGGUGCUGAUAUCCUCGUCUUUCUCUGUCGUCCAAAGUCACCUUCAAUGAAGGUAUUUGCGGGAAUGGUCCUCAGCAGUGCUUUUGAGUCUGGAAAUACACUUCUUAUUAAAAGACUGAUCCACCACGAGGCCAAUUUGCCAGAUCAUAUCUCUCACAGUCCACGAUGGGCCGGCUACCUCUCAAUGGCGUUCCACCACAGAGACGAGGGCAUGGUUAAACUGCUGUGUGAAGCAGGGGUCCCCCCUAAGCUCAAAUUUGGGACCUUAUGGGUAUUGCACGAUAAUUCUUAUUGGGACUCUCACCUCUCGAUGCUACAUGUGUUGCUCGCUCUAGGUGCUGAUCCUGAGAGAUUCGUCAUAGGAAAGCAGCCUGGAUUCCCUCUGAUUGAUGCGGCACGUACUGGUAGCCUGGGGGCUGUGAAACUUCUUCUCAGUGCAGGAGCUAGAGUCGAUAUAUACAUCCCUCAGGAGUGUGGAACUGCUUUGCAAGCUGCAGCUUGGGGAGGUCAUUUCGAGGUGGCCAAAUAUCUCAUUCAAUCUGGAGCGGCCAUUAACGGUCCGGAUCCUCAGCUUCUCCAGCAGUAUCAAUGGUUUGACUUGGGAAUAAUGGACAUCACGAUAGCGUUGCAAACCCCUGUUCAGCUUGCUGCAAAAAGGAACGACAUGGCUCUUCUUCAAUUUUUGCUGGAGCAAGGAGCGUCCACGAUAGCUUGCGAAAUCUCCAUGCACCCUAGUUUGAUGAAAUACUGCAUCUACCGCAGUGGCCAUUUUAAUUGGGAGGGAAAAUACAAACUCAACGGAGUACAUGACCAUCCAUCACGGUAUAAUGCUCAUAACUCAGUAUAUACCGCCUUGCAGUAUGGAGUUCUAAAUCAGAAUUUGAGCGUCGUUGCGCUCUUGCUUACCAUCGGAGCUGAUUCGGACUCACGUGUGGGACUACAUAUGGGCGAUACGCCUUUACAGAUGUCCGCAGUAUUAGGCAACGUUGAAAUAUUUCGACUCCUUUUGCGCGGCGGUGCCGAUGUCAAUGCUCCACCUGCAGUUUCCAGUGGUCGAAGCGCAGUGCAAGCGGCGGCGGAAAGUGGUAACUGGGAGAUUCUGUUGAUGCUCCAGAAGGCAGGAGCGAAUAUGAAUGCACCAGCAGGAGCGAUAGAAGGCCUGGAUGCAUUACAGGUAGCCUGUCUGAAUGGCCAUUCCCUAAUGGCCGGAUUUUUUCUUGCGCACCAGGCAAAUGUGAACGCAGCCCCGUCUACGGUGACAGGAUUAACUUCGAUCCAAGCAGCAGCCAGUUUCGGAGAUAUUAGACUAGUGAGAGACCUGAUUAGUCUUGGAGCAGAAGUCAACGCUCCAGCCACUAAAAAUGGUACUACUGCUCUUCUGGCAGCUAUGCACCACAGGUCUUUGCCGCUUCUCGAGUUACUUGUGCAAAGUGGUGCAACAGUCAAUCCUGGAGACCCUAAGCUCCCAACUCCCCUUCGACUUGCUGCCAGUCUGGACUGGCUUGAAGGGGUGAAAUUUCUCCUAGACCACGAGGCGACUGUUAAUGAACCUAUUUUUGAUCCAGCACUGUCUAAUGAACUUUACGAUAUGGAGACCGUUGACCCUUCUGAAGCUAGCCCUCUUGGACAGGCUAUCAAAAAAGACGCCGAAAAUAUGGUAGAUCUUUUGCUGCGACAUGGUGCCGACGUUCUUGCCAUGGUCUAUGCCGAAAACUCUGAUAUACAGUUCGAAGGUGCUCUGAUAUGCUCAAUACGCUCCAGAUCAAGUCUGAAGAUCGUUAAUCUAAUUUUUGCAAAGGUUUCGGAUUUUGAAAAACAUCCUGGGUGGGAGGAUACACUGAAAGUUGCUCUCGAAUACGACAUUGUCGACAUGAAUACUUUCAAGGUGCUAAUUGAGAAAGCAAGCUCACUGGCACCACCUUUCCGCUGCAAUGUCAUUCGAAAAGGAUGGAAUUCAUUUCCUGCUAAUCAGGGCUACAACGAGGAAGAGGAAGACAACCCUGAACAAUUGCUCGAGAUUAUCCAGCUUUUAGUGGAUUCGGGUGCAGAUGUAAACUGCCGCAAGGAUAAUGGCAGCACUAUGCUUCAACGACUAGCUGGCAGGUGCUAUCCUAAGGCUUGCCGCUUUCUGGUCAACUGUGGUGCUGCUGUCAAUACUCAUGCUGUUCAUUAUCAUGGAACGCCCCUUCAAGAAGCUAUCAAAUACAGUAAUACCAAGAUAGCCGAUUUUCUACUGGAGCAUGGCGCAGAUGUAAAUGCCUUACCAGCGGAAUACUGGGGUGUUACUGCACUUCAGGCCGCUUCAAUCAAUGGAAUGUUUGAGCUUGCUGUACGGCUUCUUGAACGCGGGGCAGACGUGUCUGCACCAGCUGCACCAAAUGAAGGAAGAACAGCAAUCGAUGGAGCUGCGGAGCGCGGUCAUUUGGAAAUGGUCCAACUGCUUCUCAAUGCAUAUGGAAAACAAGAUGAUCUGAGGCUAGUGUGUAAUCAGGCAGCAGAUUAUGCAGAAAAGGAAGAUCAUUUUGAGAUUGCCCAGUGGCUACGGGGGUAUUCGCCUGCUUGA